UCAUCCGGACGCCCCCAACCCAGCUACCGGUGCGGUCGGUCGGUCGCUACCCAAACGAAACAUGGGAAGCAUACAAAACGGAAAACUCACCCGUCGACGGGCGUCGCGACGCCCACAUUGGCUCCUCUUUUGCUGCUAUCGCCUUUUCCAUUAUCGUCGUCGUCGUCGUCCUCGGCUCGGCUUUGGAUGGGAAAACUUCGAACAAACAACUGCGGGCUUCGGUCCCGGUUCGGUCGCUCGCACACCGUCAGUCGUGAGUUUCCACUAGGAUCGAGCGCGUCGUCGUCGCGAGUUUUCCCGUUCGUGUACCGUGCAGUCAGUCAGAGUAACCAAGUACAGUACCUACAGGCAGGGAGGGAUAGGAACCACCUGCACCAUUGUCUCUCCGGAAGGGUGGUUCUCCCCCGCACCGCGUCGUUGUCCUGAUAUCCUUACUGUGUGGUUCGAAACUGGUGGAGUGGGUGGCUGCCUCGAAGCUGCAGGAUUUUCUUGAAUGAGCAGCGUGUCGGGAAUUGCAUCGUAUCCGAGUUGUGUAGUGCUUGCGCUUGUGCGCUGUGUGAUGUGAUAGAUAAGUGAAGGUCGGAAAAUUGCGAGACGCGUGUAGGGCUGGAGAUGGGGGCUGGUGUGUGAGGGAAUCCUGCGGGAUUUAGUGUAUCAAAGUCCGGGCAAUCGGUGAAGAGAAGCGUGUCCUGCCUCCCACCACACCCACACCAACACUCACGGAGAGGACUCCCCGUUAGUCCGAGUGGGAGCAGAAGGGCACUGCCAGCCAUAUCGUGUAUCGUUGAGGAGAAAAGUGAGAAAAUUGUGUUAAGGGGAAAUACGAGUGCUACCUACAAACCAUGGUCUGGAAAUAGGAUUUGGCAAGGUGUGCGAUCCCCAUUAGUGCAUGUUACCGAAGAAGAUACCAAUUUCUCCAUAGUGAAGGGUCUAUUUCAAUGAUGUCCCGAGGUGUGUCACCUCGACCGGUGUGAAAAGAGAAAAUAUAGAAACCCGUCAAACCAAUAAUGCAAUGAAACCAAAAAAAGGAUGUAACACCUGCCAACAACGGUGGCGGCGGUGGCGUCGGCGUCUAUAAUCGGAAAAGUUCAAUCAGCGCGGGCAUCCUUUCCCAUUUAUUCCAGUCUGUUUUUUUUUGCUCUCUUGUGUCACGAAUAACAGCGCAGUGAAUAGCGAAUCUCACGUUCGAAAUCAGUGGAAAUUGGUGAAAGGUUACCUAUAGAGUAAUCGGGUGAAACGUGACGGCCUAUUCAGCACCAGCGACGAGAAGCUGCACGCGAAGUUUAGCACAGUUUGGGAAAAUGAAAACGGUGCCAACAGAAGAAAAAAAAUGGGAAAGUUUUCACCUAUUGAAAGAUCUGAGAGCUGAAUGCAUUGCAUUGGUGCAAUAGUAAGUGAAAUGUGAAAAUCUUGUGUGAAAGUAUCUUCUCUAGUCAGAAAAGUAAAUAUUUUGUGUGAAUUUGUGAAAAAGAAUGCUAAUGGAAGUUACAAUAGGUAGUGAUUAACGGAAGUAACUGAUCUGAAAUAGUUCAGAUCGUGAAGCAGACGAGUUUCUUUAGUCAGACGGAGAAAUCAUAACUAAGGAUAUGCCUGGUAUCGUGGUGUUCCGGCGGCGGUGGUCCGUCGGUUCCGACGACCUCGUGGUGCCCGGAUUGUUUCUCUUCGUCAUCCACUUGAUAUGGUUGACUGUACUCGGAGUGGUGACAGGAUUGUUCCAGUACGAUCGAUCCAUACGAUGUAUAGAAUUGUUAUGGUUCUUUCAAAUUGGUUACAUUUCCAUUUUAUCUUGUUGCAUCCUAUUAGAGGUCGCCAUAUGUAUUGUUGCGAUGCGGGGUAGCAUCUUGGAUAUGGGACCGCGUGCCAUCAUGCCGUAUCUGCUGUACACCCGGGUACUAGUGAUGAUCAUAGACCUCACCUGGUUAAUUGUGGGUGCCAUUUGGAUCAAAGAUCACUACCUUGAGUGCCCCAUCCAAGAACCCAAAGAAACCAUGAUUGCAGUGAUCAUCUGCAAUCUACUGGUGAUCUUCAGCAUGUUUACUACGAUGUGGUGCACAUUUGAUCCGGCGGGUCGGUCUUGGGUCAAGAUGAAGCAGUACCAACGGUCGAUGCGAGAAUCGGAGUCUCGGUUCAACUACAAACGCAGCGGCAGCCGGAGUCGGAACUGGCGCCAGCGGAAGGUGAUACGGGCCUACCAGGACAGCUGGGAUCACCGGUGUAGACUGCUGUUUUGCUGCAUGGGUAACAGCGACCGAAGUCGGAAUUCGUUCACCGACAUCGCCAGGCUGCUGAGUGACUUCUUCCGCGAUCUGGACGUGGUUCCGUCCGACGUGGUAGCAGGCCUGGUACUGCUCAGGAAGUUCCAGAAACUUGAACGAGAAGCCGUCGUUCGGCAGCGCAAAAACGGUACCUACGAGUUCCUAUCCGGAGUUCCCAUAACCGCAAACACUCAGUUCUUGGCUUUGAACGAUUCCAAGGACUACGAUCACUUUCAGACUGUGAUCCGCUACAUGUACUUUGCCCAGGGUGCCUAUGGGUGGCCAAUGUUCCUCAUGAGUCAUUCCCGAACGGGAAUCUGCCAGCUCGGGUCCGAGCUGACCUGCUGUUUGUCAUGCUGCCGGCGGAAAACCGGCACCGAGGUGGUCGAGGACAACUGCUGCCUGUGCAAUUACGCCGCCCUCAAGAAGAUGCUGAAGAUCGGAGAGGUCGAGGUCAUCUACGCCACAUAUCACGUAGACAUCGGCGAAACGCCGUUCUUCGUCGCCGUGGACUACACCCACAGCAAGGUGGUGGUCAGCAUCCGGGGGACGCUCAGCAUGAAGGACGUCCUGACGGAUCUGAACGCCGAAGGGGACUGCCUUCCGGUGAACCCACCACGCGAGGACUGGUUGGCCCACAAGGGCAUGGUCCAGGCGGCCAUCUACAUCAAAAACAAACUGGAAGAGGAGAAUCUCAUUCAGCGGGCCCUGGAACACAAUCCGGCGCGAGGCACUCAGGACUUCGGGCUGGUGCUGGUGGGACACUCACUCGGUGCCGGCACGGCAGCCAUCUUGGCUAUACUGAUGAAACAGCAGUACGAUGAUUUGCACUGUUACAGCUAUUCGCCACCAGGUGGCUUGUUGAGCAUGCCAGCGGUCGAGUACAGUAAAUCCUUCAUUACCUCGGUGGUGGUGGGGAAAGACGUCGUACCGCGGAUAGGCCUCCACCAAAUGGAAGCCCUGCGAGCGGAUCUGAUCAACGCCAUCCAGCGGAGUAUAGAUCCCAAGUGGAAAACGAUAGCCUGUUCGGUCAUAUGCUGCUGUUGCGGGCCGGAGCCGACUUCGGUGACGAUGAUGUCCACCAAAGAGGAGAACGUCAUACGGUACGAGCAGGAUCGGAACAGCGCUCGCCAGAGUACGGUGCAUCCCAACGAUAACUCCAUAGCCCUGACGCUGCACCAUCCCCUGUAUCCGCCCGGACGGAUCAUCCAUAUCGUGCGGCACCAUCCCAACCAGGACGAACACAAGUUCGAGAAGGGUUGGAGCAGACAAAUGCUGAAAAAGCGCGAACCAGUCUACCAGGCGAUCUGGGCCGACAACACCGCCUUCGACGAGGUGCUCAUCUCGCCCGUUAUGGUGCAGGACCACAUGCCGGACAAGGUGCUGGCCGCACUGAACAAGGUUAUAACCACGGUCGGCCCUCGCAAGCCCCAACGCCAGUCAUCGAACGCCAACUCAUCGAUCGCCUCGGAAGCCAUCGAAGCCCUACUGCAGGCGGACGGACACCACCAUCAUCAGUUCACCAAUCAUACGACGCCUGGAACCGCUGUGGAACCAUCGCUGGCAGUGGCUCUGCAAAGUCCGGCGUCACCUUCGGUACCGCACAAGAUCUGUUUGGAAACUUCUUUCACCAGCCUCCAAUCUCCACAGGACCACAAUCCUCCCAGUAAGGCUUCUUCCGUCGCCGGCGGAAGCAUCCUGGGUGUACGCAGCCAGUUGUCCAGCACCGUAGACGACAGUGGAAUACCGAAGAGCCUGUCCGGACCGAGCGAGGCCACCACCGUCAUUUUCAACGAUCCGCUACAUCAUCAGCAGCAACGGGCUCCAAGUUCCGCUAGCAACACUGGGCGAACGGUUGCCUUCAAUACUUCUCCGAGCGUGAUACGCAAUGGACGGCCUCCGGUUCCCGUCGGGUCCCAGAAGCAACCCAUGAGCCUGUCGUGGAACGGCACUCGGCAAAAUUCCUGCGAGAUCAAGAAGAUUGACUUGAUCCACGACGAUUGGUUCGGGCUGGCCCCACUGGCCAGCCCCGAGUCACUGUCGGAGCUGUCCAGUAUCAGUUCUCGGGCAAGUUUUGGAGCCAACCUGGCGUCCAGUAUUGACCGGUACCUGGAGAAGAUCAGCGAGAGCAAGGAAGCUGGGGAACGGAAGGGCGAUGGGACCGAUCCUUUGCUGGAGUCACAGCUUCAUACUCCGAAGAUCAUACGAAGGACGCCGAAGGUGAGCGGGAAUUUGUCGUUGUGCGCGGAAGACGUGAAAACGAUUAACAGCUACAAGCGGAUGGGUAAGAUCUUUGUUUUGAAUCGGGCGCCAUCGGACAGUGAUUCAACGGUGGAUAGUUACGAAUCAGCGCAUAACGUUAUUGUGCUGGAUGGAAAAGGGAUCAUCGGUGCGGAAAUGCUUACUGCUGGUGGCACUUCACCCAUCAAGGAGAACUCUAAAUCGGCAGACAACCUCGACGAGUUGAACACCCGGCAAGUAGUGCCGGGUGGUACAUCGAACUCCGGUGCCUCAGGAACCAAGAAGACCUCAUUCGCCGUAAGUGAUAGCGCUAUUCCGCAAGAGUGUACCUCAAACUGUCCGUCGUGCCCAUGUCGAAGAUCUCCGGGUGGACCAUGUUGUCAGAAGUUCAACCAUCGAGAAUGCUACAACUACAAGUACACCUCGUUCAACAUCUUCAAGUUCAACAACAGCCGGGACAGCAAGACUACCAGCUCCAGCGAUACCUACCACAGCGCUAUGUCUUCGUUGACCGGUGAUCUUGACCACCCCGGUUCCAGUACAAACCAACUCCACUCUAGCAGCAGUAGUAGUAGCAGUAGAACCCUCCAAAACGCUAACCUUAAGCCAGGUGUCCUGGAGUCGCACUUCCCCGUCUACCAAGAAACGGUUUCCGAAGAGCGCCUUUCGUUGCUCUCCAAUAUCAGGGAAAGCAGUCCCGUUCGGCUACCUGCCGCCGCAACGACAAUAAGUAACCAACGGUUGAUCCUGAAAGACCAACCAGUGAUCGUCAAGCGUCACAACGAAGACGACCUGAACGCGUUCGCGCGCAACGAGUCGCUCCCUCUGUUGGCGAACCUCGUGGAGAAGUCCUCGCCCACCAACUACGUCCGCAAGAAACAUUCCGUCUAUCCCAGCGAAGCUGGUCACCCGAUCGCAACGGCAGGUUUCGGUGCCGGCUGCACCAGCACCAGCAGCAGCAAUGGCCGCGGCAGCAUAGCUACCAUCCACUCGUCUUCAUCGUACUCGUCCGUCACCUCGUCGCCCAAUCGGUUCCCCCGGAACGAAAGCAACGUAUGAGAUCGCCGCCGGAACUCAAGCUCCGAAACACUAGUCUAAAUUACCAACCUAAUUACGUAUCAAUCACAAGUCGAAUGUAUAUCUAUACCUUAGCGUACUUCCCGCGGCAUUUUGCGAUUGAUAAUGGCCGGUGACAUGAAGUGCGGUUUCAAAGGGGAAGAUUCAAAAAUUACGUCCAUCGUUUUUCGGGAUUUCUAGACCCCCCCUCCCCCCUCUGUCACGCAAUUUCCCUAUACCCAAUACACGUACUGUCACACUUUUCUAGACCCCCCCCCCUCCCCCAAAUGUUGGACGUAAUUUUUGAACGUUCCCAAGGUAUCAAACGAUCUGACAUGUUGUGUAGAUCGGCAGUGCGAUCGUUUAUCCUUACUAGAAACCGUACUUCAUGACAGCUAUUAUCUACCGAGAAAUGCAAGAUAGUUUCGAAUCUCUUUUACAUUUCCUAUGAACCAUAUAGCCUCUCUGCCUCUUUCUCUUUCUAAUUGUAGUCCGUCGUAAGUCCUUUUCUAGUUCCCCUUCUUUUUAACGAAACUGUUCCUACCAAUAAUGUUCAAACGGCCGUCAUGUUACCACGUGGAUGCCUCAAUCGCAGAGAUCAGACGUCCUCGCUCGGUUCUUGGUAUGGAUCAAACACAGUUGAUGGCUUACUUGUACCGUUUGACAGUUAACCAAUCUUAUCGACCGACUGUCAAAUGACACACUAAACGUCAAAUCGUUUGACUCCCACUAGAAACUGAACUUUGUUACGAUGAUCGUCAGCUCUCACGAUUUGUAUUCAAGCCUGGAUGUCAGUUCUCUGUCUUUCAAUCGAGGUUUCAACACCGACGAACCGACGUGACAGUGGUGUUUCAAAACUGUCCCCCUCAAUUUAACGGUCGACCAGCAAAGCGAGCGAACCCUUCUGUCAAAUCAGCGUAGACACGAACCUCUUCCUAUGUUAACACACGGGGGUUUGGUAUCAAGCUAGCAUACCAACGCGGGCCGUUAUAGAGGUGGCGAUAGUGUUCGGCUAUUUUUCAUCAUGGCGUCGCGGACAACAAAUUUGAAUUUGUUUGUUCUAGCUGUCACGUCGGUUCGUCGGUGGUUUCAACUCAUUUGUUGAAUCUCCACUACUAGGACAAGCCUUCUACAAACGCUAAUGGACACUCCAAUCAUCCAGUAUUUCACGAGUGCCAAUGGUCACUAGCAUUUUGCUCACUUUUUGGUGGGGAUCAAACGAUCUGACGUCUGGG